AUCGACGACAAAAUCUCUUCUCAAACUACCUACCCAUCAAAACAGACUACCAGUUAGUAAAGGGACAAAUCUCACCCCAUUGUCCUGUUUUCCCCUUUCUCCCCAUGGCGACCUUACCUGCCUUACUCACAAGUUCAGACAACCAAUUCGCCCUUUUCGCCACGUACACAAAGAGCGUAAACUUCUCACAACUAUGAGCUCGAGGUGUAGCUGAGGCUGAAACAAACCAAGAAUGACUACCCCAAAGAAACCCCAAAUUCUUACCAAUAUCUCGUUACUCAAUAAUAGGGCCUAUGGCGCAACUGCUUUUCCGCGCCCUUGUCAACGCCAAACUGCGGGGUGAGCCGCGGGGCGCGGGGGCACCGGGGGUAGCUCCCCUUAUCGCCGGCAUUGUCGAAUGCGGGGCCGGCCCGGCAGAGUGGAUAGCUAUGGCGUCAGCAAGCACCCUCCUACUGACCCCCGUGUUUUGUUCUCCGGUGACGGGAACCCCUAAUAAUAAUUGUCAUUCUCCUCAAUAACAUGUUGUUGCCUGCCGCCGCAAGACUGAGCUAUAAAUCAUUUUCUCAACUUUUCAAAACUUCGCCAAAAUCAAACGCUCGGUUCAUCCUUGCCCCGCUCUUCACCCCGCCAUCAAUCAUAAGAACAAUGUCCUCCGCUGUUGCUAAGCGCCUCGAGGGCAAAACGGUGGUCAUUACCGGUGCUAGCUCCGGCAUCGGAAGGAGCACCGCUUUUGAGUUUGCUCGUACUGCUCCAAAGAACCUGAAGCUUGUUCUUACCGCGAGGAGGAUUGAUACCCUGAAGCAGAUCGCGGCGGAUAUUGUUGCCGAAGUUGGUGAGGGGGUCAAGGUGUUGCCUGUUCAGCUUGAUGUGAGCAACCCCGAGGAGGUCAAGACGUUUGUCGGGAAACUGCCGGAGGAGUUUAGGGAUAUUAAUGUUUUGGUGAACAAUGCGGGUCUCGUCAAAGGUCUCGCCCGAGCACCCGAGAUUGCCGAGGAAGACAUCAACAUCAUGUUCAAUACCAACGUUACUGGUCUGAUCAACAUGACACAGGCUAUUCUCCCCAUCUUCAAGAAGCGGCCUGAGGGUGGUGCUGGCGACAUCAUCAACGUUGGCAGCAUCGCCGGCCGUGAGCCAUACCCCGGUGGCAGCAUCUACUGCGCUACCAAGGCGGCGGUUCGCAGCUUCACCGAUGCUUUGCGCAAGGAGCUUAUCGCUACUCGCAUUAGGGUCAUGGAGAUUGACCCCGGUCAGGUUGAGACUGAGUUCUCUGUUGUCAGAUUCUACGGUGACAAGGCCAAGGCGGACGCUGUCUAUGCGGGCUGCGAGCCGUUGACGCCAGAUGACAUUGCCGAGGUGGUUGUGUUUGUUGCUGGCAGAAGGGAGAAUGUUGUCAUUGCUGAUACUCUGAUCUUCCCCAGUCACCAGGCCGGUGCUGGUAUCUUACACAAGAAGUCGACUUAAGGAGAUGUAUGGUCGGCGGAGAGGACGGAUUUGAUGCUGUCACUUUUUUAGUACAUAUUCUAGAUAGAAGGCGAGCAAUUGAGACCUUUUAGAGCCACAAAUAAUGUCAUGAGCAUCUCGUCAGGAAGAGGGAC